AUGCGAGAUGUGGGGCUGCAGAAGAAAUUCCUCAGCCGAAAGAGGAUCCCGCUCAAAGACGUCCUCGACGAGGCAACAGCAGCCGAAACAUCCGAGCAAGCAGCCGCCGUGAUGAUAAAGGCAAGAGGGAUCCAUAAGAUCCACAAGUCGGGCCUGACCUCAUCAGAUGAGACUCUGCACAAAGGGCAUCCGGGCAUCGUCCGCAUGAAGGCCCUGGCACGGAGUUACGUCUGGUGGCCCUCCAUGGACAGAGACAUUGAGCAAUGGGUCUCCAGAUGUGACCCGUGCCAAGAAGCUCGCCCAGCACCGCCGCAAUCCGAAGUCGCAAAGUGGGAGACCCCCAGCAACCCCUGGUCGAGGAUCCACAUCGAUUUCGUGGGUCCGAUGCAGGGGCGACACCUCCUCAUCGUGGUAGAUGCCUUCUCCAAGUGGCUCGAGGUGGUACCCAUGGCAUCUACCACAACAGAAGCGACGAUCCGAGCCCUGCGCCGUCUGUUUGCCACACAUGGACUACCGGACGUGCUGGUCUCGGACAACGGCCCCCAGCUCACAUCCCUGGCCAUGGAGUCCUUCCUGGCAGGACUGGGCAUCCGCCACGCCCUAUCCGCCCCCUACAGGCCGGCCGGAAACGGACAAGCGGAACGCAUGGUCAGACUGACCAAAGAAGCCCUCACCAAGAUGGGCCCGGGAGACUGGCAAGAACGCAUAGAUAACUUCCUCCUCACCCAGCACAUCACGCCACAUGCCACCACCCACAAGAGCCCGGCCGAACUGCUGAUGGGCAGAAGGUUGAGGUCACCCUUGGACCGGCUGCACCCCCAAUACAGCCCGGAAGUGACCGCAACCGCCAGCCGCCCGCUUCGCGCCUUCAGCAAGGGAGAUUCAGUUUUCGCGCUGAAUUUCAACGGCUCUCCUAAGUGGCUGAAGGGGAAGAUUGCCAGCACAACCGGCCCCAAAUCCUACACCGUCGAGUUGGAAGAUGGACAGGUCUGUAGACGUCACAUCGACCAACUCCGGAAAAGGUGGGGGGGAGCACACGAAAACCAGCCUGACGAGGGAGGCCGCUUGGGUAAGGAGCCAGAUCUUCAUGGAUCUUCUAAAUCACAGCACAAUGGUGGUGUGAUAAAUGGUGUUCCUCAACUUUGGCAAAUUUAA